UGAUCGGCUGGUCUUUCUGCAAGACCUAGCUGCAUUUGUUCGUGAUCGGUUACGCCCGGUUUUCCUUUUCGCUGACGGCAGCAGGUCUGUUCUGAUCUCGUCAGAGGCGCCGAGCUACACCAUGCUGGUAUCACACAUCAUGUUGUGCCUUCUCAAGUUUCU